GAGUCUCGAGAAGCUGUGAGAGCGAAAGGGUGCGAGUGGAAAGAGGGGAAAUUUUCAUAAGUCGUGACCCAGUAUAAGUGAUUUUGCUUUUGACUUUUUUCAGAAGACAAAGUGCCCUUUUAACAUAAAUGCAUUGUACAAAUAGAAUACAAAUUUACACUGAAAAUGAAAUGAUAAAUAAUAGCAUUUAACGUUGAAAUAUAAGAAUAUAGAUAUAAUACCAAAAGUGAGCAAAAAAAAAGUACAAACACAAUUAUCUCUAUAAAAAAGUAACUAAAAUACAAAUGCAAAAAAAAGAAAGACACACAUACAAAGCCCUCGCUCUAUAAAAGGACGCAUCGCACUCCAGUAUUUAGAUGGAACUUGCAAAGCCAUGAGCAUCGCAACUCCCAUCUCGCCCUCCUCGUUAAGGCGCGAACAGGAUACGCACUGACAUAAGCGGUUCCUCAGAGUCCAUUAGGGUCUUGUCACGGCCGAUGCUCCGAGGGAGGUCGACCCACUAGAAAGCUCUUUCGGUUUUGUUCUUCGCCUGCGCGCCGCCAAGAUGGAGUGCUUCGCUGCCUUCCGAUGGGCGUGUCUUCUACUGGUGGCUACGCCUACUUCCUCUCUUUUUCUGUCCGAUGAGAGGAAUACCUCCGAGACAACAGUUGGCGAAGGCGUGGUCGACGCGCUGAACAAGGUCGUUGAGGUCCUUGCGAACCACGAGAGACACAUGGCCUUGUACGAGCGCGUGGCCCUCCUCGAGCACGACCUCAGCCAGCGACGAGAGAGCGAGGCCAGGCUGGAGGCCGAGGUACUCCAGCUCAAGUCGAGAGUCCCUGCCCUCGAGGAGGAGAUCGGCACCAUCCCCAAGAUGCGGAAGGACUUGGCCGACUUUGAGGCCAAGAUUGAGAAGCUGGUUCACGACUACGAGGCCAAGCUGUCGACGCUCGCUUCCGAGGUGAUCCGCCUGAAGAAGAGCGGCGCGCGCAGGAAGAACCUGGAGACGCUCAGUGACCAGAGCGACGACGUCCUGCUGCGGACAGCAGGUCCGAUGUGCCCUGAGGUCGGCCGAGGCUUGUCCGCUGAGCGAGUGGGCGAUCAGUGCCUCUACUUCUCCUGGGAAUCGGCCCUGAACUGGACGUCGGCCCACAGCCAGUGCCAGGUUCUCCGGGGAGAUCUGGCAGCGCCUCAGGACCUGUUGCCUCUGAAAAAUUUCCUCCAUCGAUCCUUUACGCGAGGUCCUUCCAUAUGGCUUGGAGCCUCGUACGACCUCGCUGACGAGCAAAACGACAAUACGACGUUAUCAAACGCAGCCUUGCAGGACAUUGCGGCCAACCUCACCGGGUUUCCAGACUUUUCCAGCAACCUCCUUGAGGAAGAAGACGAUGAUGGCGUGGGAAUAAAGCUUCAGCAGGACGAGGCAGGAAGCAUCAGAGUGCUGAUGGAGGCGCGCGGUAUCAUGCCUCGCUCGCACCCAUUCCUGGACAAGAGUGACGACAGCGAAGAAGGCGGAAGAGCUGCCUUUCCCGGCGGUUUAAGGGCUGAGAGACUCGGCGGGAGUCCCUCGGUUGUAGAUGUUAUCCUCUUGCCUGAAACUGAGGACGAGGAGGACGAAGAGGAGGAGGUCGAUGUUGUCGCCAACGCGCUCGCCAUAGACGAGCGCGGAGAACAAGCCGGAGAAGGAAACUCGAGUUCGUUCAGCGCAGAAACGCUGAGGAGUGUCUCAGGCGAGAGCGGCGAAGACGACGAGCGCCGAACAGGGGUUGCGAGGGAUGAGAGGGCAGCGCUCGCCGUCAGCUUCGCCAGCCAAGGCCAUCGAGAGGACUCAAGUUCCUCCACCAAGCGGGAAGGAAAAGCCAGAAUGAAGUGCAUGCUGCUGCAGCAAAAACCGUCCCUCGAGUACGAGUUGGUCGGGAGGCCGUGCAGCGAACUUCACCGAUUCGCCUGUGCAAUCGAGUCCAUUGAUGAAAACAUCGACAAAUUUACUCCGGAUGAUCUUCCAAACUCCUAGAAUACGAAACAAGUCGGUGUGGUGAAUGAAAAUAACUCGGUAUUUACCACUGCGGGGUUACACAUACAUUAAUUCUGAGCUUGAAGUAGUAUAGCAUAUAAACUAUCGCUGAUAGGAAUAUCUUAACAUUACUUGACAGUAAUAUAGUGAUGAGACAAUUACCAGGGCAACUUAUCAUAAGGUUGAACAAAAGGACAAAGUUCAAUGCCGAUUUCAGAACUGCCUGCUAACCUGUCAAUAAGCUAAAGCAAUUGCAAAGACGCGCUGAUGUGAAACCUAACCUGUUCUUCCCGAUACUUACUUUCACUAAUAAACAAUCCCAAGUAUCACCCUGUGUGACACUGCAGGAAAUUCAGCAUCACAAAAAAUGGAUACUCAUAUGCAAAGACACAGUAAAACAACGAUAUGAUCCAUAGAUAAAUCUUGAGACGCUGUACUAUACUUACAGUUGAAUUUAAGAAUA